AUGGCAGACGAGGCACAAGCAGCACCCGCCCCGGCGAAGCCCUCCAGAAAGCAGAUGCCAAAUCUCCCGAAAGCCCGCCCUUGCGUUGGCAAGUUGUCCAUUGCCAUAACUUCAUCCCAGGAGAAGAAGAGAGGGGUCUCGUUGGCAGCGCUGAGAAGGGCCCUAGCUGAGGCAGACCCCGCGAAGACCGCCAAGAGGACUGCCAAGAAGAGCCCCAGCGUCGGGGAGCUGGUCGUGAAGGCGGUGACAGCGUCCAAGGACAGAAACGGAAUCUCUCUGGCAGCCGUGAAGAGCGCCCUGUCUGCGGGCGGUUACGGCGUGCAGAAGAACAACUCUCGUGUAAAGAUGGCCAUCAAGAGUCUGGUCAACAAAGGUACCCUGGUGCAAACCAAUGGCACUGGCGCGUCUGGCUCUUUCAAACUGAACAAGCAGCAGGUUGUAGCGAAGAAGAAGGCAGCGGCCAAGAACAAGAAGCCGACAAAGAACGUCGUUGCAGCCAAGAAGACCGUUGUAAAGAAGUUACCGCAGAAGUCACCGCAGAAAGUCAGAAGUGGUCUCAAAAACACAAAGAAAGCUACAGCGCCCAAACAAGUUAAUCACAAGCCAUUAAAAGCCAAGCGUGUUGCCCGGAAAUAA